UGCAGGACCAACCAGGCCAGGCCCGGGCCGGCCGGCCAGUCCGUGUCCCCUCUCCUGUCCUCGCCUCGCAUUCUUCUCCGUCCCAACGCCACCACCAAGAGAAAACACACAAGCUAAGCCAAAAAGGAACAGCCUGCGCAGAGCAUCGCCGCCGUUACUCGUUCAGCAGCAUGGCAUCGUCCUCGCCCCAGGCGCCGCCGCCCCUCCUCCUCCUCCUCCCAUCCGUCACGAUGUGCCUCCUCCUGCUCCUCGCCUCCCCGCGCGGCGCCGCGGCGGCGCCCGACACGGAGGCGCUCUCGGUGCUGUGCAACGGCGCGUCGUACGGCGCCGGGGACCCCUUCGCGGCGAGCCUGGCGUACGUGCUGGCGGAGCUGGUGUCCGCGACGCCGGCCCGGGCCGGCCGCGACUUCUACGACAUCUCCCCGUACGCGGCCGCCUUCGCGUACGGCCACGCCGCGUGCCGCCCGGCGGCGGCGGCGGACGACUGCGCGGCCUGCCUCCGCUCCGCCGUGUCCCAGAUGGAGGCCGCCUGCGGCCGCAGCGUCGGCGCCCGGGCCGUGCUCGUCGACUGCAGCGUGCGCUACGAGCAGUACGCCUUCGUGUGAUGGUUGCCAUGUCACUUCGUCUUCGUCUUCGUGCGCAACCAAAAUGUAUGCUCAUUCGUGCGCAGGUGGCAUCCAUUAUAUUCAUGCACUAUUACUCAAUAAUUUGCAUGCCUAGCUUUGCUCCUGGAUGCCAAAACCAUACGAACUGAUGGUGAAUUGAUUGGCCAAUCUGAUGCUUAGUUGCUCAGGCAAGUUCUGAUGAA